AUGAUGCGGUAUGUAAGUGCUAUCCCACUUUAAAGCAACAAUUCUGGGAAUUAAAAUACAUAAAUAAAUAUGCCUUUCAUCUUUAUAGGCAAAGGAAAUACUAGUCUUUCAACAACCACCCUUUUUUGACAAAAAAAGAAAAAAAGAUCACAAAGAAUCUCUGUAGCAAAUUAGCAGCCUAAGUCUCCAAAAUCAAAUGGAACAUCUGAGCCAAGCCACUGAAACAGAUUUUUGUUCAGUUUUUUCUUUUCUUUGUUUAAUUAUACUUUUUCCAAAGCAAAUAAUAAAAGGCUGACUAGUACAAUGGCAUCUAAACCCUUUAGUAUUUUCACUCUGUGCAUUUCUCAUUUAUUUCUCCUUCCCACUGGCCGUGCUUCUCACACUCUUUUUUCUUUGUAGAGCUUCCUGGCUGUCUGGGUUGUUUUUGAACAAAACCUUUUACAUAAGGAGCUAAAGCAAGAACUAAGAAGAGAAGCAGUGAGCAUCGUAACUCAACAUUUAAAGUUAAAUCUGCUUAGCCCCAGUUCAUAACUUGUUUCUUAAUGAAGAAUCACAGAGAAGGAAGCCUGCCAGCUACCAUAGUGGCCAAUGGCUCCCAAACUACCUCCCAUACUUCAUAAUCCUCCUUCAGGGCCUUCCUCCCCACUCCAUUUUUCAGGCAUGGAGAAAGCCUCUGCCACUCCCCUACUGGCAGUGCAUUGCCUGGCUGUUUGGAGAUUUCCUUGGCUGUGUCCACAGUAGGGAGCAAAUGCAUACAUGGAUCACAGAUGGGCCAUUAUAAGAACAAAGCACCAAAAACGGGUAGACCCUCCCACUACAACAGAUACUGCCACAGUUUAGAGUUGAAAGGUUAGGAGUGAUGUCACCGAGAUAGAAAGCGGCAAGCUUGAGAGAGAGGGACAACAAGGUUAAGAGAGCUAUGGCUGAUGUCUUCUUGAAUCCAGCUCUGUGGUUAUGGAAGAAGCAAGCUUUGAUUAAAUUCUAGCACUUACUGGGUCCAGGGAUUUAGAGGAGUCUGGCACUCCCAAAAUCAUAGCAAUACUAUGAGCCUGCCUUCAGCAAAAUCCAGGGGGGGUAAGGCAGACUGCAUCUUUUCUUUCUGGACUGAUGGUGACAACCCAGAGAUUGCAUCUGAUUGUCUGUCGGUUUUUAAAAUAGAUAUCCAGUAAAAAUGUAGCCUAAGCCUCUCUUGUCCUGCUUCUUCCCCAGACAUCACCCAUCAUUAUCUCCUUAAACACGCAAGCAAAAACAAACAAACCUCCUGUAGGUAAGGAGGAAGGAUUGGUGUCAGGAUAACGAGAAGACUUACAUGGAAGAAACUGUAGCUGCAUCCUAGUUCACAACCACCGUUCUGUCAAAGAAGCCAACACAGACGCCAGCUUGUGACCUUACCACCCAGGUAGCAAGAAACAAAGGGUAAUUGGUUCCAUAAUGUCUAUUUUCACUUUGCUGCUUCUAAUCUAGGCUCUUUAAGGCUACUUCCAUAGUCAAGAGAAUCCCUUUUAUGUUUGAGGUUCCUCUUAGGGGCAUAUUAAAAAAUAAAAGCUAUUGGAUUUAUCAAAGGGUGAGACAGGUGUAAUUUUAUAAAAAUGAAGGUGGAAAAUAAUGAAGAGUGGCAAUGCCCUCUCUGAAAUGAAGGCUGAGAUUUUCCUAUCUCAGGUGAAACUUUUUUUAAAAAAAAAAAUUAUUCUGCUAUUUGAAAGUGAGAAAAGAUCACUAAUUAAAUUGCCUGCCUGAAGUGGGCCAAGAAGGAUACCUCCACCGAGUUACUCUGUUUGCUUGAGAGCGAGAAUAGUAAUUGGUAUCCAGCUCUUGAGAUUCAAUGUCGUGUCAUCUUUUCAUUUUCUCUUCAUCCUAUUAAUUCCAGAACAUUUUAUACAUUCCAUUUCUUGGUUUCUGGAAAUGUCUGCCUAGUCACUGUAACAAUAUUUUCUUGCAGUGCGUUUGAAUAACACACAUCCCCCCCCCCAAAAAAAAACUUCACUUGAAAGUGGUUUGGCUCACUCAAGUGUGUAAGAAAGAACACAAGACCAUAAAACUAACACAGGACACCGAAAAUGGUUUUAUUUGUUUUUCCAGAAAACAUAAAAAUCUCAGGGUUGAAGGUACUCAUCUGACUAAGCCUUUGGUUUACGUGAACUGAAUUUGUAAAUAAAAAAUAAUGCCAUUUAUAUCGUUGUACUUUAUAAAACAGUUUUUUUAAAAAAAAAUCAGGGUUUAUCUGCUGCUUUAAAAAAAGUUUUGAGGAUGAGAAAUCAAAAGCUUCUGUAUUGUUCACUUAUUGUUCCAGCUUAUACCCUGGUCAAAUAUAAUAAAAAAAGCAGAACUGAUCCAGACCAUCAGUUAUUGUGGAAGACCUCAUUAUGCCAGGAACAUCAGGAUGUGGAGGCACUGGCCUGGUGUGUUAUUGAAAAUCACUGUCUGUCAAGCAAAACUAUACACGAGAACCUCUGGCAAGCUGUUGAAAUUCAUGUUUUGCAAGCACUGAGCUGCACAAAUGACUCAAGCAGAGGCAUAAAAUCUAAUGGUGAAUUUAUAAUCGACUUGAGACAGGGCAUUUGGAAUAAGAACCUAGAAAUCAUUCCAAAGCUGAUACACCUUCUCUUUGCAACAAAAGUAUGCAUCAUUCUGAUGCUACAAAUUCAUGCAUUUUCAGGUACAGAUACCUAUUUAUCUGGUGGAGAAGGGAGGACUCGUGAGCCUCUGAUAGGCAAUGGGUGCUUUUUAGCAGCCACAGAUUCAUAGAGUUGGAAGGGACCCUGAUGAUCAUCUAGUCCAACCCCCUGCAAUUCAGGAAUAUGCAGCUGUCCCUUACCGGGCUCAAACCUGCAACCUUGGUGUUAUCAUGCACCUCUUUACCUUGGACUUUGGUGAUUAAGUUUUUUUGUUUUGUCUUAUGGGGCCCACUUCUCUUAUUGAAUCUGUACUCUUACGUUCCAUCUAGAAUAGUUUUACUUGCUUUAUAAUUUUAACCAUUUUAUCUGUUUUUAAUAAUUGUAUACAGUGGUACCUCGGAUUACAGACGCUUCAGGUUACAGACUCCGCUAACCCAGAAAUAGUACCUCUGGUUAAGAACUUUGCUUCAGGACAAGAACAGAAAUCACGCGGUGGCAGCGCAGCAGCAGCAGGAGGCCCCUUAACUAAAGUGGUACCUCAGGUUAAGAACAGUUUCAGGUUAAGAACGGAGCUCCGGAACGAAUUAAGUUCUUAACCCGAGGUACCACUGUAUUGUAUUGUUGUAAUCCACCCGAAGACUUUAUGGUGAAGGGUGGGUAAGAAAUCUACCAAAUAAAUAAAACUUUUUGCUUCUGUUUUUGUACCAGAAGCUUGCAUCUAAAAGGGUUUCAUUCCACACACUAGGCUUGGGCUCCCGCUACAGAGGCUGGAAUGUGCCCUAGACACAUGAGUUCCUUGUUCAGGCACUCCACAAGUAUUUGGAAGACUGUGAGAUGUUCCUUGCAAAGCGGGCACUAUCUCCCAAGUGUAUCUGGGCAGGUGGUGGUAGAUUCGGUUGGGACUACCUCCAAAAGAGAGGCUCUAGGUAGACUUUGAUGCUUUGAGUGAUUUGGGCACCUCACUUGAAGCUAGGGGUAAUGAUAUGUGUGAUACAGCACUAGAAUCUGCCAUUCAAAAGCACAUCUUGUAUAGCUAGCACCAGCCAGUGACAUUAACUGCAACUGCACAUAUAUGUAUUACUGUUGGCUUCUUGGGGUGUAGGGAGGGGCUGACUGUCUCCAGCUGUGGGAAGUAUCAUUUGGAUGGGUCAUAUUUUGCAGCUCACAACACAGGAAGAGUGACAGUUUGAAAACCAAAAUUUAAAUUCAAAAUUCAAAACCUCAAUACCUCUCCCCUUAUUCUAAUUUUUUAAAAAAAAAACCUGUCUCAGCUGAGACAUUUUUUUCCAGAGGCUUACUUCAACAAUCAAUCAGUAUAUCAUUUACCAUAUUAGGCCUUGCUGCUGUAUUGCGUUUUCAAUAUUGAUAACUACAAUACCAUACAAUAAAACAAAGUUGAAAUGGACAGGAAAAGCCAUAUUUGGCCAAAAGAAAUUAAUGUAAAUGUUUCCCCAGAAAAUAUAUGUGCAAACAAGUAUUAUGUCAAAACUACCCGUAACAAAUAUUGAUGCAACAAUAGUUGGAACACAGCAGGGUGCCAGAUCCCCAGUCUCCAUCUUGAUUUAAAAAACCAUCUACUAGCAGGUAGAUCAGGCUUCCUCAACUUCAGCUCGCCAGAUGUUUUUGGCCUACAACUCCCAUGUUCCCUAGCUAGCAGGACCAGUGGUCUAGGAUGAUGAGAAUUGUAGUCUCAAAACAUCUGGAGGGCCGAGGUUGAGGAAGCCUGAGGUAGAUUAACCUUGGGGUGAGAGGGAUGAAACUGCCUGAGGCAAUGAGAACAUAGCUAGGGGGGCGGGAAUAGAAAGCUCAGAGUGAGAAAAAAAGCAGAGGGAUGUUAAUUUCUUAUACUAAUUAUGUCUUUGAUUUCCCAGUGGAAGAGGGCAAUGCUGAGAAAAGUGAUGAUGGAAAAGCCAAAGCCAAUUAUAGAAAAGUGGUGGGUAGGCUCAGCCCACCUGACAUUAACCCCUGGACUAGGUAAGCCCUUGUCUGAUCCAGUAGGGCUUACCUGGCAUACUCUGAGCCCAGAAUUGGAGAACAUUUGCAUCCCACCCUUCCUACACAGAACAAAAGGUGACAAGGGCAUUGAUAGGCUAGGAUAUGUUGAAUUUUUCAACUUUCAAAUUCCCAAAAUGAGGAGAGCUAUAAAUUUGUAACAUGACUUGGGAAUUCCAAAGAUAUUUUGGUUGAAUUAAUUUAAUUUAGUUUUGCUUGUUAGGUAGAAUGUAUGUAAAAUUGCAUAGAGAUAAUUAACGAUUGCCAAGUAUUAAUAUUAUUUUUAUUAUUUAGUAUUUCCUAUUCAGAAGGUAAAAUUAAAAUUAUUUGGUUUUCCGAAAGCAGUUUAUGUGCUUCUUCAUCAAACAUAGCCUUGCCAAGUCAAAUGUUACCCAAUGACAACAAUAAUAGCAGGUCUGAAUUCCUCAAAUCCUAAAACAUAUUUUUAAGACCCUUCACUGAAUAAAUUUGCAAAAAUUAAGUUUACCCCUAAAAUGACAUGUCCCAUUGCUAGGUAUUUAAAGGACUUGAAGCAUGGGCCCAUGAUAGAAAUUUGCAUAAAAAUUGCAUAUGCUCAUUUAUUUGCACAGAUACUUCAAGUAAAUUCAUAUGGCAGACAGCUAGGGACUCACCAGUAUUAUGCUAUGCUGUGCGUCCAGCCAUCCAAUACAAAAAGUGUUAAAAAAAAAAAGUUUAAUACAACUUAGAAGGGAGGGGCAGGAGAUUUGGGUUCCAUCACAAAAGCUGUGGGGCUCAGCCCUCUAGCGAUGCAUAUCAUUAUUCCCCAUGCAUUUUGUCUUUACAACAAAUGUGAGGGCGGUUAGGCUGAGUGUGUGUGACUGGUCCAAGGAAAGCAAUGUGGACUUGGAGGGGAUUUGAACCCAGGCCUUCCUAGCCAUGGUCCAACACUCUAACCACUAAACCACACUGACUUUUACAAUGAUCUCCAUUCCAAGCCCUGUCCUAAAGCCGUCUAAGAAGAAUGAGAAGCAGGGUGGAGAUGGGAUCCCUAUCUACUCAUCAACAGCACCAAUAAACAACAGCUGUAGGCUAUGGUGGCCAGCAUGAGAGGUGGAGUUGGGAUUAUGGAAGCCAAGCAGAGGAAUAGGGAUGGGUUGGCAACGUUCUCAUCCUAGCAGGGCCCCUGUGGAUUAUUCUCCAUAGCAUAGGAACCCAGAUCUCAGCAGAGUCCUUAAAUCCAGUUAAAAUCAAUGGGACUGAAAGGUGCUGAAAUUUGGAUUGUGUCCGUACAGUUUCAUCUUUAUUUAUUUUCUGUCUUUGUGGUGUUUGAAAUCAUUUUAGGAAUGUGCUUUGCAUUUUCUUGGGUUAACAAAAAUAUUUAAUUUUCUCCCGUAAUUCACAACAUGUUUAUUUUGCAUCAACGGAAUCAUGCUGAGUUCCUUAUGAGGGCUAUUUAUGUCCUGUUUAGUAAUUUUCAUGGCUGCUAACCAAAGAUGUGUCAUAUUUUUAAAACUAUUGCAUUCAAUUUGUGUGUUUAAUCUAUAUUUAUACCCCUUUCUUAUCAAAUACUUCAGGGCUUUAUUAACUGUUACUACCUUUUAGGAAGCCAAAAUAAAGAAUACUUGACACCUCAUGUUCCUCUGUACAAUAGAAGCAAAGUUCAAUGAACUGGGGGGAGAGGGAAACGCAGUAAGAGCUAAAACAAAUAAACAAGCAAAGCAAAACACAAGACAAGGAGUGAAGCAAAAAAAGAAACAACCACAUCAGCAAAAACUAGUCCAAAGUAUGCAAAAACAAUUAUAAUUGUUAACAGUUCUUCUUCCCUGAAGGGGAAUCAAUGUGAUUUUAUCUCACCCAGAGGUGGGGAAGCUUUUUUCAGAUCAAGGGCCACAUUCCCUCAUAGGCAACCUUCCGGGGGCCACAAGUCAGUGGUGGACAGGUCCAGAGACAAAAGUGGGUGCAGCAAAAAGCGUGACUCUGACCUUUGUACAAUGAAAGCCAGAGGUCUUUACAUUCACCCAUGCCCCAUGUGCAUUUCUCCAUCCAGCCCAAGAGCAACAGCACUCAAGGAGAACCUAGGAACAGUCCCCAAGGGCCAGAAAGAGAGGCCUGGAGGGCCACUUUAGCCUUUAGGCCUGAGGCUCCCCACCCCAGCUGUAAAUAGUUAGCCAUUUCUUCCAUUUUCUAGUAGACCUCUGAAAACUUCACACGUUACAUACUUUGACCAGAUGUAUACGGUACACUUGUUUAUUUUUAGAAGGAAGUCCCACUUAAUCCAGUAGGACUUUCCAACAAGUAAACAUGGCUGGAAUCUGCCUGUUAUUCUGGACUCACUGCCAUGGUGGAAUUGAUAAGCGGUUUCUCCAACCCAGACUAGGGCUCCUAAACCUUAUAACCCCCCUUCUUUGUGUGCCUUCAACAGGCAGGCUCACACGCAGGCAUUGAACAGAUGAGGCUCUUACUCAGACAGAAAAAAGAGCACUGGGGGAAACACUGUUUCCUACUACAGGCACAGGAAACUGUGGCCCUCCGCAUAGUGUUGGUUUCUGCCCCAGCCAAUGAUCAGGGGUGAUGGGAGCCGUAGUUCAACAUCUGAAGGAACACAGAUUCUCCAUCCCUGGCCUGGAUAUUCUUAUUUGUGAUCCCAGAGGGAGCAAUAAAAUAAACAAAUGAAAGGAGCAGCAUUGGCUCCGUUAUCUACAGACUGAUGAAGCAGCAUGGAAAUGGUGGGAGUGUGCAUCUCUCAAGACUUAUAUCCAGGCAAGAAAAAGCUUCACCUGUUAUAUUUCUGUGUUGGAAAGACCCAGGAACUGUUUCAAAGGUGACAAUUCUGUCUAUAGGAAAGUAUCCACACAAUCAUUUCAAAGCAUAGUAAAAGAUCUCUCAGAGCUUGGCCUGGCAACCCUAGUAAAAGCCCACAAAUCUUUACUGUUUAUAGCCUUGUUGUUACCUGUAAGACAUGUAAUAUGUGCUCCUUCCCUAAUUUGAGGUGCUCCCUCAGGAUGCUUUAUUUUAAGGGCAUUUGGGAACUGUAAUUAUUACUUCUUGAUUACUAACUGUUGCCAAAACCUCUCUCUUUAUAAAUAGGGCUGGAACCCUGUCUAGACGUUUCAGGCUACAGCUCCCACCAUCCCUCACCAUUGGUCGUGCUGUCUGAGGCUGAUGAGAACUGGAAUCCAACAUCUGGAGAGCACAGGUUGAGGAAGGCUGCUCUACACACUUACCUGGAAGAACACCCCAUUGAAUUGAACAGGACUUGAUUCUGAACAGCUAGACAUAGGAUUGCACUGUUAAAAGCAAAUCUUGUGCAUCCUACAGUUAGUGGCCUGGUUUACAAAAAGAGCUGAAUCACCAAAAGCAAAACUGAUCGGCGGCAGCUGGCAGAUUGAAGUUCUCAGCAACUUUCAGUGGAACAUCUCUCUGAUUAGCGAUAAACUUUGUACAGGAGAGUAGGUUUAGGUACCCCAGUAUCAAUCAUUACAUCUCUGGCAGUUCUAUAAAUGUCAGACAGGCUGCUGAUUCAUUUCCUAAAAUGGCUUCCUCUGGUACGGCCAACGUCUCUGGAGAUAAUGACUUUAAAGGCUCCUUAGGUAAGCGAUGACUAGUGUUUCUUUUAAGGUCAAAAAGCAAGAUUCUCCCAUAAAUCAUCAGGAGGCUUUUUUAAAAGUGAGAAUUUAAGAGAAGUAGCAGAAUUUAUAGCAUCCGUUGCUCCAGCCGCAGAGUAGUAGAAGGUGGAAGCAUAAAUAAGGUUGCCAUAUUUUGAAGAGCAAAAAAGAGGACACAUUUGCCAACAUCUACUUUUAACAAUGGAUCGCUUUGAUGACUCUGCCCAUGAAAAAGAGGACAAAUAGCAACCCUACAAGCAUUUGUGACCCCAUUAUUGGGCAAAUGAAGAGAGGCCUUUUUGGAGUGAAUGUGUGCCCACACCACUUCAGUGGCAGCAGAAAGACAGAAAAGCAUGUUGGCCAUUCUCUAACAAAACAUGAGACCUUAACUACUUCCAAAUAAAAUCACUGGAAAAAAAUGGGGGGGGGGUGGAAAUUCCAGGUUUAUCUGUGUGCUUUAUAAUAUCACUUCACUCCCAAAUAUAGUAUCCCCUCCCAAAUCUCAUUAAGCAGUGUUUUAGCUUCCCAGUGAGCAGCACAGGUAUCUUGACUAAAGCAGCUCCCCUUAGACAAAUGUUUCCAUGUCUUCCCUCUGAGUCGAACUUCUCUGUUGUGGCUUCCUAUAGAGUUGGGACUUAUCACAACAGCACAGCACAUUCAGCAGGGUUACAAUGAAUGAGAUGAGCUUUAAAAGGAUUCGGUAUCCGUCCGCUUAUUUUGCAUUAGCCAAGCAAAUGCUUUGAGAGGGCACAUAUUCUUGAACUACCACUAUAUGGCAAGAUAACGUACUAAAUAUGUGAGUUUCUUGAUACUUGCAAUUUGGAGCUAGCAUCUGAAAAUGUAGGGGGAUAUACUGUAUAUCUUCAUAGCGUUAAGAUUCUAUUGGCUUCAUUUAGUAUUCCGCCUCCCCUUUUAAAAAUAAAUUAAAAUACUUUUUUUUUUACUCUUCUGUUAAAUAUUAUUUAUGAGGAAAAUUAGAAGGAAGUGCAGCCUAUGUACUAUAUGGCGGGGAGUUAAUGGUGAGCAUUAUUUUACUCCAUUCUCUCCCUGUGAACUAAGAAUGUGCCUUAAUAAACUAGGGUUGUUUUUAGUAAUCUCCUGAGAUAUGUCAGGGGAAUUAGCCUUUGAAAAUGGUGUGGUUUUACUAAGCAGCUGUAUAGUGGAUUUGCUAGAGGUCUGAGCAAGUAAAGCCUAUUCUGUGAAGUGCAGAUUUCCAAUAUGAGUAAGGAAGUGCUACAGUGACAUCUAUUGGAAAGCACUCUGAUCCAUCAUUACAGGAAACAGAUUAAUCCAAUAAUCUAUUUUGUUUGUCUGGAAGAAUGUACAAGCCACUUAAUCAAAGAAUCCCUAAGCAGCGUAAAUAGAAUAGUUUUUUAAAAAUUAUUAAUAUGUUUCUUGGUUUGCCAUGAAAACCAGUGCUUUGUGAGUGGUAGUUAGGAAAUCACUUUCUACUACAUGAUACUUUUCAUUGGGCUAAUCUUUCACUUAUGUUCACCACGGUAACACUAAAUCCUGGUUGUCUGCACAAAAAGUUCUUCUGAGAUGAAGUAAUGCUAUCCAGAGACCUGAUGCCAAACUUUAGACAGGAAUCAAGAAUGGCAUCCCAAUUCAGUGAAUUAUAGAAUGACUAUAUUGACGAUACAUUUUGCCAAUAGUGGCUGGCACAGGCAAUGAUGUGUGGUGUUGGGAAACCAGGUAAGCAACGCCACCCUCUCCACACUGGCCACUAAUACAUCUGCUCCAGAUGCGUGAUAAAAUUAUCCAUGAGACCUAAGAUUCACAGAAGGGUAAAGUUUGAAAGAAAUACACAAAGCAGAAGGAUAAAAGGUGAGAUCCUGGGAUACAGAUCCUUUUUAUCACCAGAGCAAUCAACAACCAAUGAUGGGGUAAGGGUGAGAAGAUGUAGAUUGGGAAAAUAAUGAAGAGAAAAUCUGAAUUCUCCCCCCCCCCAACUGUUCUAAUUUGGAGCCCCCGCUCCACUCAGAAAACAGCUUAUAAAUGAAACGGGGGGUGGGGGGGAAUCAGGGAGGUCUGAUCACAGAUUUCCAAUGUAAUGUAUAGUUUGGUCCAAACUCAUUUUCCUUCCCCAACAGUUUGCCUCACCCACAGUCACUCAAGACAUCAGUCACAGCUGUUGUCCAGCUUUAAAGUAGAACUUUUCAUAAGAACUUCUUGUGGACCUCAGGAAGGAAGGAAUUUGCCCCAGUUCUUAUUUUUCUGCAUGACUACAAUGUGUGCAGUUUCAUUUAAGCCCUGAAACAAAUUGGUGUGACCUAAGGAAGUAACCUAUCGCAUCCCCGCAGUCCCUUGGCUGUUCCUUAUUAGUACAGAAGAUAACCAUCCCCUGAGCAGAACAAACAAACAAACAAACAAACAAAUAAAUAAAUCAGCACUUCAAAAAGGACAUUCCAUGUGAAUGGAAGGUAUCUUUGUGCAGCAACAAAUUCCCCAUCCUUUUGAAGCUUGGAGGAGAACCCUGCAACAUAUAUAAUCUUUUGUCUUCUAAUCUGAAACUCUGAAUCUUUCACUUCAACAAGCCAGAAUCUCAGGUGUCUGGUUUUUGUGGUGGAAGUCUAAGUCUGCGGGAAGUAAGUUGCUUGUGUCAUAGUCUGUCUCUCAGCAUUUAGAUGAUUAAAUGCCUUUCGUGUGCAAAUUUAAUAUCUGGAAAAGUUGUAUAAAAAUAGAGAGAAAGCAAAAUCUCUAGGAAACCAGAACCAAGCCUUAAAGAUGAAAGAGUAGCCAAAUUGAAAUUCAUCUGAAGAGAUACUUUUGACACUUUGAAGUUAUGGUGAGCAACAACAGUUAAGUACAAGCAGUUGUCACAUUUUUGAACUGAUCAUUGAGAGAGGGAGGGAAUCUAGGGAACUUUUAUUGGGCUAACAGUAGGUUCAGUAGGAAGAGCAGCCUUUAAGAUAUCAGAUCUGUAAAUAAAACCUAAUAUACACUGACUGGCCAUGGAAUGCCUGGGUGGAAGCCAGCUGAGCCUGUGGUUUAUUCAUUUUUGGGACCACACUGCAGUGUUGCCUCCAUGUACAGCCCACAGAAACCUUCCUAUAGGAGUGAGUGGCAGCUAUUCACGUAUAUCAGAGAAGGUAAGUAGAUACAUUAGGGUGGAGGGAGCUAAAUUUGCCCCUGUACUCACCAUAGUAAUCCCACUCUCUGGCACGAGGAACACAUUUUGCCCCCCCCCCCCCUUGGCUUAAACUGAGCACUUCUUGGUCAUGCUUGAAUGCAAUGAAACUCAGGAAUGAGCUUUUUAAAAAUAUUAGACUUUUAUAACUUUCCUUUAAAUAAAAUUACCUUUACAGCCAAAAAUUACCAAUGAGAGGGGCCAACAGUAAUAGUUUGCACUUGUCCAUCAGUUUCCAGUGGAAUAGCAAUUACUAUGAAAACCCCUCUAUGAAGAAAGGUUGCAACAUUUGGGGCUUUUCCACCUAGAGCAAGCAGUGGACUGGAACCUCCCGGCGGGCCUUGGGUCAUUUUCAGGUGCCUGCCCCAUGCCCUCCUUCACUUGCCUGCUCCUUCCCCUGGCCAUGCCAUAGCUUGUUGGUUGGACAACUCCUUGAAUGCUGAUUAAAUGUUGGCAGAGAUAGAGAAGUUUGUGGGUGCAAGAAGAAGAAAGAUAGGUCUCCUUCCUCUGAGGAGAAAAGGUCAGAGAAGGCAAUGAAUGAAAUUAGAAAGAGAAAAGGUUAGUAUUUGUUAUUAAUAAAAUGGUGUCAGUAAGGACCAGACGCCAAACUCUGCCUCUCUCUCCCAAUACGAUAACUCAGGACUAUCCAGCCAAAGUUGGAUGAUUGAGGACAGGUGGAAGAAAACACUUCUUUACACAAUGCAUAAUUAAACCUUAGGAAUUUGUUCCCGCAUCAUAAAUUGUAGUUAGCUGAAUGGCUUUAAAAGAGGAUUCGACAACUUAAUGGAGUUUAAGGUUAUCCAUGGAUACUAGCAAUGGUGGUUAUGGGAUACCUUUGCUGUGAGAGGCAGAAUGCCUUUGAAUACUAUCUGCUGGGAAUUGCAAGUGAGGAGGGGCUUUUUGAUCCUGCUUGCAGGCUUCCAUAGGUAUCUGGUAAGCCACUGUGCGAAAAAGAACCUGGCUGAGAUAGUUCUUUGGUCUCAUCUGGCAGGACUCUUCAUAUGCUCUUACUACACAUUGGUGUGUUUUGUGACCAUACGAAAUAUGUCUCUAAACUAUAUAUAUAUACUGCCCAAUGACAAUAAAAUCCACCAUAAAAAUGAUAAAUCUGCAUAACACAGAACAGCAUAAGAGAACAAUAGAAAGAUUUAACAAACUUAAAAGUUGUUUUUUCUAAAGGCAAGCAGUUAAAAAUAAAUUAGAUGUGAAUUAAAACACAUAGAAUCAUGGAAUUAUAGAAUUGGAAGGUACCCCAAGGGUCAUUUCGCCCAACCCCCUGCAAUGAGGGAAUCUCAACACAGUCCCCCACCCAAUUUAAAACCAGUUUGCAAACCUGCUUAGCUUUGCAACUGUGGUAGCAGUUUAUGGGGGGGGGCAUCUCUAUUUUCUCAUGGGAAACCUCAUUUGGGGGAAAAUGCUUUUUUCAUAUAAACCUCUGGCUAAAUGCAUCCAAAUGGUUAGAGCUUUUCUUUAUUGCAUUUCUGAAGGCUGAGAUGCAACGAGUGCCUCAAAACGUGUGUCCGAGGACUGCAUGCGGCCCCUUUGACGCCCCACCCAGCUCCCAUGCUGCCUUCCCAAAGCUGGGUAAGCGAGGUGCUGGUCUUUGGGAAGGAGGUGUGAGGGCUCUGACAGGGUCCUAGAGUCCUCUCUAUCCUUCAUAAAGCCUAGUUAGCACUUUCCCAGCUUUGGGAAAGAAUGGGGAGCUCUAGGACCCUGUGCCUUGUGCCUCCUUCCCAAAGCCCUGUGCCUCACUUACCAGGCUUUGUGAAAACAGCAUUAAGGGCUGGGGUGCCUCAGAAUUGGGCCUCAACAUUCCCCCCGCCCCUGUGACUAGGCAGUGUGCAGCCUGCAUGUUCUGUAUUGAAGUACUCUUGCAGCCCACUUGGUAUGAAAUGUUAUAGACUGUCCUGGACUAGCCCCUUCAUCCAGGUAGAUGAGAUCAUUGUAGUGGUAUGAGUAUGGUCCACCCACAGAGUCAAUUACACAGAAACCUCAGUGCCUUUUUGUUUAGGUUUCAGCAGAGGACACAUGAAAGGCAUUGAAAUCUAAUGCUUCACAGCUUUAUUGCUUGGUCAUUGAUUGGUGGCAUGCGAGUCAUUAAGGGUUCAACCACAGAAUCCAUUGCAAUAUUUUAUUGCAAACCCCUCCACUCUUUGUUCCUGUUUCCAAAAUGAGUACCCUAGACAGUGUAAUUUACCAGGUCAACCCACUAGGUGGCAGUGAAAGCUCAUGGUUCAUGAUACCGUGCUUGGAACAGCACUGAAGUCCAAGCUAAGCUCCCAUGCCAGCAAUUUAUUCAGCCUUCAUCCUGAUUUGCUUGCACAGAGCUUACCCCAGUGAUUAGACUACCUCUAGUCUUUACUGAGCAUUUAUCCUGAUUUGUUUGUAGGGUACAGUACUCACAUGUCUUCCUGUUAAUCAUUCAUUCAUCCUACGCUUUUCAGUGCAUUUUCCUGUUACUUUCCUAACUGCACUUUCUUUAAAGUCCCUUUAAAGAAAAAAGCAGUUUUGUUAUGCUAGUGUUCACUUCCAGAUGCCUUGUUUAUUGAACAUUCAUUCAACAUGCAUGAAUAAAUGACAUUUGACUAUUUAUUGAGUGAUCCUUCUGAUUUGUUUGCAAAAACUGCUAUGCCAAGCAAUUCUUAACCCACACUUCCAUUACAUUUUAUGGGCACUUCCCUUAUUUCAUCAAGUCCGAACUUGGGGGGAGGGGGGUUUAUUGUGCAAGAUCUCCAAAUCAGUGUUAACUGUGCAACCUGAAUUUGCCAGCGUGUAAGUGAAUCCUGUCCCAAAACAGCAAGCGUCUGGAAGUGUCCGCUUUAAUUGCACAAACUUUCUGGUAUGUGCUUGAAUCCGUCCCGCAAAAUAAAUCGUUUCAAGACUGGUGAUGGCCUUUCAUUUAGAUGCUUUUUAAAGAGCAUCAGAGGGAGAGAUCCAUCCCAAACUGAAAGCUUCCAACUUGGGAAGCUUUUCUUACUAGAUGCAUGCUGGGGGCAAAGGGCAGAAGUUAUUUCACCCAGCCUUUCUUCGGUCUGGGCCUUUGGAGACGGUGUUACACUGGAUGGACCUUGACCUGGUCACUCCUUAACUCUCGAAAAACAACUUUUGUCCACCCCGCCCUUUGCUAAGAAGCUGCCCACCUGGAAGCCUGCAAGCUUUUAAACUCAGGUCGGUGGGACUCCCGGCUUUCCUUCCCCUAGGCAAAAGCAGCAACCCCAGACCCUGCUCUUCCGCGAGUCGACUCGGAAAAGCAAGUUUCCCUCAGUCCCAGGUGAGUGCAGGGUUGCGGCCUGACAGCGCGGGAAUCCCACGUCAAACGAGCCCAAGGGGGCGAAGUUCCUGAGGCAAAAGUCGGCUUCGCCUUGCGCGCGCGAAAGAGGCGCUUCCUCAGGAGUAAGGCCGCCCAAGUUCCUCCUUCGGCGCCAGUGCAGAGCAGCCACACCAGGGCUGUGGGCGAGGAAGCCCGCGAGAGGGACCCGAGAGGGACAGGAAGAAGUUGCCGAGGCCCGAGGGCUCCUGACUCGCGUCAUAUGACCCAGCAAAGAUGGCUGAAGGAGGGCAGAGUUGCGAAGUAGUACCUGCUGCUCCCGCCGUGGGAGAGAGCGAGGGCUGCGAAGCCGCCGCCGCCCGGACCCCCGGCAGCGCGCCUGAGCUGAGGGGCGAUGGCGGCGGCGGCAAAGAGAGGCCGGCCGAGGACUCGCGGUGGCCGGCUCCCAUCCUCUCGCUGGCCAAGAAAGCCUCGGAAAACUUAGCAGCCGGCUAUGGGAGCGCCCUGAAGUCCGCAGCCUUGGUAGGACUCGUGCCCAAACCGCUCAGCAAUGACAGCCCAGCCAACCCAAGUAGGGCCAUGCUUAUUGCUUGUGAUAUUGAAUUUAUUUUUUUAGGGGGGCGGCGGGAGGAGUGCGAAGAAGCAGCAAGUGGUUUUAUUUCCUAAACUGCCGGUGGGGGCGGUAGCGUUGGUCGUCCGGCGGAGGGAAUACUUUCUUACAGUGUGAGCCAAUAUAAACAUAAGGAGGUGGCUAGGCUUAAGUCAAGGCUGCCUGCAUACGAUGGAUACCUUUAUGUUUUUUUCCCCUUUUAUUUGUGGAGGGUGUGGAAAACAUGAUAGAAAGCGUAUAAAACGCACGUGGCGUGGGGAAACCUGCCGCUUUCCAGGUGUUGCUAAACUACAACUCCCAUCAUCCCUGGCCGCUUGUGCUGAUGGGAGCUGCGGUUCUCCACUCCAGAAGCAGAGUGAGAAUCCCCCCCCCCCGCGCCGUCUGUCAUGAUUUUAGAACCAUGGGCCACGUUCAACAAAGAUUCAGGGCAGGGAAAAAGGAAGUACCUCUUCACACACCUUACCGCUAGAGCUGGUGAUGGUCACAGACUUAGAUAAUGUUACCUUCCAUCGAUUAUUCUGCUACCGCCCCCGCCCUGUAAAGCACUACCAACGGCUGCUAGUCAUGAUGGCUAUUUCUUGCCUCCAGUAUAAGAGGCAGAUAGGCUUUGUUCUUAUCCAGCAGGGCUCUUUGUAUGUACUUUUGUUUGAUUGACCUAGAAACACUCCCCCCAAAUUCCAGACUGAGGCUUUGUACUUGGUGUCACAGAUACAGAAAAGCCACUCUGCACAGCAGAGAGCAGCAGAUCCCUGACUGGUUUGAGGCCAGCGUUUAGAACAUGGAGCCUGUUACCACUGCAAAGCACAAGGCUGUUGUGAACUAAAAGUGUGCCCCCUGCAAGAAGAUGCUUGCUGCACUGAGAAGUGCAAGGAACAACGCCCAGAGGAUUGCCAGGCGAUGUGCCAGUGACUACUGGCUAAAGCUGUGUCAGAGCAUUUGGCUUGCUGCUGACAGUGGCAGUACUCACAAAAUAUACAAAGGCAUGAAGAAAGCCUUUGAACCAACAGUAGAAAAAACUGCACCACUAAAAACCUCGUCUGGAGAGACCAUCACAGACCACAGCAAGCAGAUGAAGUGAUGGGCAGAGAACUAUCAAGAACUGUACUCACAGGAAAACAUAGUCUUCAACACAGCUGUUGAUAGCGUCCAGGCUCUGUCUGUCUCAGGUAUGUGGGGAAGCCCUAGGACAGGAUGGAAUUCCAACAGAGGUGCUGAAAGCAUGCCUCAAUUUGCUCAUGACUCACCUCCACGGACUUCUCUUGCAGUGUUGGGGAAUGGGAUCUGUGCCACAAGACAUGUGUGACCUUCUACAAGAACAAACGUGACUGCCAUGACUGUAACAAUUACAGUAGCUUGCUGAGUACUUUCACGCAUGUAGUUCUCAACAGAUUACAGUCACUUGCUGACAGGGUCUAUCUUAAGUGACAAUGAGGCUUUAGAGCUCAGAGGUCAACGGUCAACAUGAUUUUCUCACUGCGCCAGAAAAAUGCAGAGCAGGAAUGCCCCAUGUACAUUGCCUUCAUAGACCUGAUGAAGGCCUUUGACCCUGUCAGCCGGAAAGGACUCUUCACACUGCUCAACAAGAUAGGGUGCCCAUCUAAGCUCUACAAGAUUACCAUGUCCUUCCAUGAGAACAUGUGUGGCACCGUUCAGUAUGACAGUUCAUCCUCGGAUACCUUCCCUAUUAAUACUGGUGUGAAACAGGGCUGUGCUUCACUCCAACUCUCUUUGGCAUAUUCUUCUCCCUGUUGGUCUCCCAUGCCUUCUGUUUGACUGAAGAUGGUGUGCACUUCCAUUCAAGGAGUGACAGGGUGUCUGUUCAACCUGUCACAUCUCCAUGCCCCAAAAAAGUGUGGUGGGUUAUCAUCUGCUAAAUUUUGUUUGCAGAUGAAGCAGCCUUGACAGUCCACUGCAAGAAAACUCUACAGAGACUCAUCAACCAUUUUGUCCAAGCCUGCAUGGAGUUAGGACUUACCAUCAGCCUUACGAAGACCGACAUCUUGGGUCAAAACAUCGCCAGCACUCCAUACAUCAGCAUUGGUGACUGCACGCUUGAGGUGGUAGACAAUUUUGUCUACCUGGACUCCACCAUAACCAGCAACCUGUCCAUUGAUGCAGAGCUAGACAAGUGUAUUGGUACAGCAGCUACAGCAAUGGCUUGUCUUCCCAAAAGGGUAUGGGAAAAUGUGAUGCUUAAUGACCAGCUUUAUGGAAAUGAGUGAUGGCCAACUUAACACCUGCCUGGAGCAACACUUCAAUGCCUUCCAUAUGCACUGUGUCAAGAUGAUUUGGGGCAUCCCAUAGCAGGACAGUCUCAAACAAAAAUGUGCUCUUCUAAGCCCACAUUCCAAGUUUUUUCACAGUUUCUCAACGAGGUCUAUGCUGGCUUGGUCACAUACACAGAAUGAAAGAUGUCAGGAUCCCCAAGGAUGUGCUUUACAGGAAGCUGGCUUCAGGCACUAGGCCUGUUGGCAGACCAACUCUGUGUUACAAAGAUGUCUGCAAGUGUGACGUGAAGGCUGGCAACAUUAAACCCUGCCGUGUGGGAAUCUCUUGCAGACUACCAUAAUGCCUGGAGACAGGCAUUCAGGUCAUGUAUCCACAGCAGCAACCAGAGGAGAAGUGGCUGCUAUGAGGAGUGCAGAGAAAAGAAAUGCCAUGGCACACCUGUAACAGCAAAACCAGGCACCUUCAUCUCUCCCUGCUGCAAUAAAACAUGUCUCUCCCAUAUUGGUUUCUACAGUCACUGUAACUCUCCCAAUGGUUUGAUGGUGCAUUGCCUCUCGAAGCAGACAGAUGCAAACAGCAUGCUCAGAGUUCAUCUCCUUCACAUGUUCUAGUGUUGAGGUGUGGAACUGAAAAUAGAUUCAAGAACUAAACUCUAGCAAACUCUUUGUUUGUUAAAAUUUAUACACCAUUUGAUUGUAGAAAAUCACAAAGAGGUUUGCAAAAGAUAAAACAGUAGUAGCAGACUGCAUUUUAUUUAUUCUGAAGUUCAUUAACAUUUCUUUCGUCCACCUAUUUUAUUGAUGUAUAGAUGUCUGGAAAACUGAGGUAAUUUUAAUCUGUUUUAGUAUUUUAAUUUUUGCAUUGCAGGGGGUUGAACUAAAUGACCCUUGGGAUACCUUCCAACUCUACAGUUCUAUAAUUCUGUGUAUUUAAGAAUGGUUGUUUUCUCCUGGAGUUUAGUUCAGUUGAAAAAUGACUUGCACCGGUUUCCGCUUCCCUCUCCUUCCCUCUUUCCGUCCUCAUUCUCCGGGGUUUAGAGGACACGAGCUGCCUCAGGUUUGUGGUUGAUGGUGGCAGGAUGUUGGCUUCUUGGGCAUUUAGUCUUCUUGGCAAGCGGGCCAUUUCCACUUCAGUCUGUGUGAGAGCCCAUGGGCAUGGUAUUGCAAAAACAGAAGAUUUCAGCCUGCCAGCUUACAUCGAUGUUGGGAUGUUCCAUUGCCUGAAGUUCAGUUUACAAAAAGUCUCUCUUCGGAGCAGAAGGCCCUGAAGGAUAAAGAGAAGGCAUCCUGGACUGCCCAUUCUUCUGCUGAGAAGGUUGCAUUGUACCGCAUCAAGUUCAAUGAGACCUUUGCUGAAGUGAAAAAGGGGUCAUCUGAAUGGAAGACUAUUCUCGGUGGGACACUCUUCUUUAUAGGCCUCACUGCUUUUGUUGUCAUUUGGCAAAGGAUGUAUGUUUUUGGGCCAAUCCCUCACACUUUCACAGAUGAGUGGGAGGCCAUGCAGACCAAAAGAAUGUUAGAUAUGAGAGUGAACCCAAUUGAUGGCUUCUCGGACAAGUGGACUACGAAAAGAAUGAAUGGAAAAAAUAAAUGCACUCCAGGGACCGCCACUCCUGUUCUGGCUUGAAAUGUUGAAACCAUUCCUAUAUCUCCAUGUGACCUCGCUGCUUCUGUGUAUGGGGAAGAAAAUACCCCUCUAUUGAAAGAGAACCUUUAAUAAAUGUUUGGUUUGCUUGAAUAUUAAAAAAUUUUUUAAAAAUUUAAAAAAUGACUUGCACCGAUUGCCUGUAUCAGGUGACAAUGACUUAGAUGAAUAUAUAAAAACAUAAUUGUGUAGAAAUAGAGCAUAAAGUUGUAACUACUAAAUCUAGGCAACCAAAAUGUUUUCUUCAAUUAUUAAAAGUCCAUACAUUUAUAAAUAAAGGCUGAUGGAUGUCAGCUGUAGCUUACUCCAGGGGUCCUUUAUCUUUUUUACCUUUACUAGUCUUAUAUAUAAUAUUUGGAGUAUUAUCAAAUUCCAGUAGGAAAAAAAUCACUCUAAGGGUAAAGAAAAAGGGAUAUCCUAGUGUAGAAAUGUAACUCUUAAGUUAAUUGGAAGGGAACAAGAUGUGAGAGAGAGCUGUUACUAUCAAGCCAGUUAUGUAGGAAAAUUAGGAGACCCAAAUGUCUUGCCAAAUUACCAGUUCCUUUUUGUGCAUGUUUACUCAAUGGCAAGCCCCAUUGCGUUAUUUGGGGCUUACUCCCAAACAACUGUGCACAGUAUGUCCACCACUUGAGAAUAAGUCCCAUUGGGCUGUUUUACCAUUCUUCUAUUCCUGCAAAGGACUGGAAAGCUGAUUAAACAUUUAGUCCUGGAACUUAAAACAAUUUUCCGAGACUGGGAUGCAGGAUUUGUAUGAAUAGUUGUGUUAAUCUGUGUUAUGGCAAAAACAGAAUAUUGUGGUACUGAAAAAAUAAAAAUAAUCUUGUUAGGGUUGUAUCAAUUGAAGUUCAACUUGGAGUAAACCCACUGAAAUGAAGGGACCCAAGUUAGUCAUGGCCAUCAUUUUUAAUGGUUCUACUCUGAGUAUGACUAACAUUAGUUACAAACUUCAGGUUUUUUUAAGACACUAUUUUUUAUCCAUGGUGUAAAAUAUUUUGGAGAAAUAGAAGGCAAUAAGGGCAUGGAGAAAUUCCCUACAACUAAAUAUAAGUACCUAGAAAUACACAGAAACCUAAAAAUAGAAUAGUAUGCCAUUCCAGUAGUCUUAAAUCAUGUAAGUUUUCCAUAGGUAUUUGGUUGACCACUAUGAGAAUAGGAUGCUGGUCUAGAUAAGACUUUUGGUGUGAUCCAGCAAGGCUGUUCUUUAUAUUCUUACAGACAAAGACUAACUGGGUUAUUGUGCCACUUUAGAGGUAUCUGUGUACCACCCCACCUAAGCUAACAAGCACAUCUUGAUUACUGGAGCAUUAAAUCAGGGGUCAGCAACCUUUUUCAGCUGUGGGCCGAUCUACCGUCCCUCAGACCAUGUGGUGGGCCAGACUAUAUUUUGGAGGGGAAAAAAUAUGAAUGAAUUCCUAUGCCCCACAAAUAACCCAGAGAUGCAUUUUAAAUAAAAGCACACAUUCUGUUGAGGGAAGCUUUUAAUGUUUAAUAGGUUAUUGUAUUUUAGUGUUUUGUUGGAAGCUGCCCAGAGUGGCUGGGGAAACCCAGCCAGAUGGGCGGGGUAUAAAUAAAUUAUUAUUAUUAUUAUUAUUACUCAUGUAAAAACACCAGGCAGGCCCCACAAAUAACCCAGAGAUGCAUUUUAAAUAAAAGGACACAUUCUAUUCAUGUAAAAACAUGCUGAUUCCCGGACCGUCCGCAGCCCGGAUUGAGAAGGCAAUUGGGCCGCAUCCGGCCCCCAGGCCUUAGGUUGCCUACCCCUGCAUUAAACCAUAUGAUGCACUGCCAAAUGGGCAGGCAAUGCACUUUUUGUAGCAAGUAAGAAAAUAGCCUUAUCAGGCUUUUGAGAAAUGCAGGUGCUACAAACUUUUUAUGAAUUCUGAUUUACGUAGGAAUUCUUAAAAUUUAUAUGAUUCAGUUAAAGUACCAUGACAAGAGUAUUGUGGCUCAAUUUUUUAUGACAUAAGCUUUCGUGGACUACGGUCCACUUAAGCAGAAGGAUUUUUGCUGCAAUAAACUAACACAAAAAGGGACGCGGGUGGUGUUGUGGUCUAAACCACUGAGCCUAGGGCUUGCCAAUCAGAAGGUCGGCGGUUCGAAUCCCUGCGACGGGGUGAGCUCCCGUUGCUCGGUCCCUGCUCCUGCCAACCUAGCAGUUCGAAAGCACAUCAAAGUGCAAGUAGAUAAAUAGGUACCGCUCCAGCGGGAAGGUAAAUGGUGUUUCCAUGUGCUGCUCUGGUUUGCCAGAAGUGGCUUAGUCAUGCUGGCCACAUGACCCAGAAGCUGUCUGCGGACAAAUGCCGGCUCCCUUGGCCUAUAGAGCGAGAUGAGCUCGCAACCCCAGAGUCGUCCACGACUGGACCCAACGGUCAGCGGUACCUUUACCUUAAACUAACACAACUGGAAUUUAUGGCAAUAAAAAGUGGCAAUGCAACUGAAAUAUUCCCUCACUGAUUUCUGCACAAUCACAGUUAACUGAGUGUUUCAGAAUUACUGUACCAUCAAGAAAAUAAAAGAUAAAAACCUCCCAUCGUUGCUUGUACAUUCACACUUUUUAUAAUUGAUCUGUUCUGCCACUGUAAACUGCUGAAGGAUAACUGCUGGCAGAUUAUUGUAUCUGUGAAAUGUUUUAUUGUGAGUUUCAGGCUGCUGGGCAUGCUUACUCAGAAAGAAGCUCCAAUGAAAGCAACUAAAGUUGUUUCUGACUAAGGUUGUUGGUCCUUUGUUCUGUAUUUUAUGGUUUUAUAUUUUUUUUGAUGUUUUAAUGAUUUUAUUAUACACCACCAUAAUAUUUUUAAUGAGUUGGUGGUUUGUAAAUACGCUAAUAAAUAAACAAGCCUGCAAAUCUACCCACACUUAUUUUGAAGGAAGCUACAGUGGACUCAAGAGGGAGUUGUGUAUGAAUACACACUUAAGAUCAGACUAUUCAUGUUUGAGAAAGCAAUAUAUGUAUACUUUUAUCAAUUUCAGAAGUGUCUUAAACUUUUAACAGUUAUCAGUUCUAUACAGUGCUAUAUGAGCUACUACCAUUAAAUGUUUCAGUUUGUAUACAUAAAUUGCCUUUAUGCUUAAAGCUGCCUGUGACUCUGUUUUAAAUUAAAUGCAACUCAAAUUAUCUCAAAUGCUCUAAAAUAGUAUUCAUUUAAGGAAUUGUCUCUCAGAUAUAACAAAACACCCCAGCCAUUGCAAGGGCCUUUACUUCUGAUUAAGUCUGCAGUUUUAUGCUCACAUCUGAAAGAAAGCCCUCAUUGAACUCAGUGGAACCUGCUUCUGGGAGACAUGCAUAGAUUUAUAGUAUCAGUCCGUUGGUGACUAUCAAUUCAUUGGCUUGCCUGCUGCAGUUUUGCAAACCAGAACUCUUGUCAUUUUUAAUUUUAAGCCUAAAAAUAGUGAAUGAUCCGUUUUUACAAUUCCUAAAGCUUGCAAAAACCAUAUUAAGUUCAGAAUGCUUUGCUUCUGUCUAGCUGCACUGCAGGCAAAGUACCUAAGCACCUUAAUACCAUAACCGUAAUGUAGUAAAUUCAGUAGAAAUUCUUUCAGCUUCACAUGACUUGUGUUCACUUCAUCCACCAGAAAUUUCGCCAUAUACUAAAGUGUCAUUAGGAACACAUAUCUAAUACUGUACAAGGCUGCAAUAUAAUUACGAAACAUCAAAUAUUAUACAGUAUAUCCCUUAUAGUCCCAGGUGCUGAAACUGAAUUAAACAUACAGCUUUGCUAAGUGCCUAACUGAAACGAAAUGGUUCGUUUAAAAAGCCACUUACGUGGCUGAAAUUGUACUGUUAAUUAUUCUUAGAGGUCUUGACUUUUAUUUGAAUUCUAGUGUUACCUUGUUGACAACAGUUCAAAUUUUAUUUCAAACUGGGAAAGCAUUUCCCCCAUAUAGUUGAAACACAUGAAAUUGUCUAGCAGCGUCUUGAAAAAGAUUAUAUUUGUCAGCCACCUAAGCUUUUUGAAUGACGUUGAGGUGAGUGGGGGAAGGUGGGGAAAAAUCAUAAUUUGCUACAGGGGAAAAAUACACGCAAGUGUAAAAACACAGUAUAGUACUAUUAUCCUCGCGUUUGGUUUUCCACGACGAGAGGAGGAGGCCUUUAAGAAAGUAACAGCGACUAGACAACUAAAAUGGCGCCACCCCUCCCUUGUUUACAGUGUCGUGCUGCCUCUGCCCAAAGCCUCUUUUCCCCGUUUGCCCAAUGAGGGGCUGCGGUAGCGGCUGGGCCUUGAAACCAUUUCCUGGCCUGUCGGAACAUGGGAGGGCAGGUCGGUGGCUGUGACCAAUCCGAGACACCGGCUUGUGCACCGGGAGUUCCGAUUGGCUUGCAGGAAGGCGAUCAGCGGCUUGGGUGCCUUUAACCAAUGAAGGGCCUCUCUUUGGAUUUUGAGGGGGAGGGAAGUGUUGCUCUGGUAACGCCAGGUGAAGGUGAGAUACCAAUGGGGAAUUAAGCAGGGGGAGGGGGGUUAUCGAGGCCUCUGCUUAGGGGGUCGUAUAAGUGAUGGUGGUGGGUGGGAGCCUCCCUGGGGAACCCACGUUGCGGGAAGCUUAUUAGUACUGAGCUGCCAAAAUGCAGGUGUUUGUGUGUGAGCCAGAAAAAGACUACAGAGGAGAGCAGAAGGCAAAACAUGCUCGGAAGCGACUAUUCCUCUGCUCCCCUCCUUCCAGCGUUGAUCUCGCUGCUCUGAUCCUUCUCCCUGUGAAGUUAAGAUGCUUUCCUUUUCACUGCAGAACGCGGGUCGUACCAAGGCAGAAUCCGCGGGGGCUUCCCUUUUAGUCUGACUGGCAGGUGUUUGUUUCUCUGUGUCACCAUCCUUAUGAGCUCUUCUGUGUGUAUUUGGGCAUAACUAGGACUGUCAUUCUCAUACGAGACACAAAAUAGAAUUAAAACAUGGCACCAAAAAUGUUUUCGCUGCUUUCUUUUUAACAGAAAUUAGGAUGGGAAUAAGCGGCGUGUUUUAAUGCUUGUGGGUAUUUUAGACCUUAAAGGUCUGUGACUGCUCCUUGGUUUGUUAAAUGUCUCUAUUUCUCUCUCACACACACCACCUAACUGCACAAUUUCGACCCUUUCUAGAGUGCAUCUGUUUCAUGAACAUUCACUGUCAUAACAAGAGAGGUGUAUAUAUAGUUCCUGAUAUAUGAACGGAACAAAUCUUGGAUUGUUUUGGUUUUUCUAUUACCUCUUUUCUCCUCCACCACCACCUCUGGCAUAUUUCUGUUGUGCUAAACUAUGAAGCAAGAUGGCGUUUUGUGGGGUUUGAUGUUUUGAGAAUAAGUCUAUUAAUCUUACAUCAGUUUCUUUUCUGAUAUGUAUGUGUAUCUACAUUUGUUCAGCAGCCAAAUACCACAUGAUGGAAGAACGUUCAAAUCUCAUGAACAUGAUGAAAUUGAGUGUUAAAGUCUUAAUCCAGUCAGCUCUGAGUUUGGGUCGGACCCUUGAUUCAGACUUUCCCCCCUUGCAACAGUUCUUUGUUGUGAUGGAACACUGUCUCAAGCAUGGACUUAAAGGUGAGCUUCCUUCCAAUAUUGGUUUCAAAUAGUAUAUUUUUCGUAUCCUUUUAUGUAUGUGCCUUUGAUUAUAGGCUUGCAGCUUUAACCAGUUUAUCUGGGACUAUCCCCCACUGAAUUAUGAAUAGGCAUAUAUAGGAUAGCAUUGUAAGAGUAUUUUAAUUGAUGUGGAUCUUUGCUUUAACUGUGCACAUAAGCAGGCUAGCCACCAGAUAUUUCUAGAAGUCAUUAAAAAAUGUGUGGUUUAUGUCACGAGAAAAUGCUUAAAAGGAGUAAUAGAUAAAGCAAAAAGGAAUCAUGUGUUUGAAGUGGAAUUCAUAGCCUGAUUAAUUCAUCAAUUUACCUAUUACUAAGGAAACAGAAGCGGCAUUAAAGCAAGGUAAUGUGCAUCUGCUGGACCACUUACAGACCUUGUUCUAGAACUCUGUAGGAUGAGAAAUGGAACAAGUUUAAUAUCAUUGAGAGCAUUGUUGUGUGUGGCACUAAAGAUGACUCUGAACCCUUCCUCCUGCUACUUGUCUGCAAAUGUGAAUGUAGUAAAUGCGUGACAGAGAUGGACUGCCAUUUUAAACUAAAUGUUCAAUCUAGCCACAGAAGUUUUACAAUAAAAUUGCAGAAUGCAAAGUUGGGGGGUUGUUUUCCUACAAAGAACUUCAUAGCACAAUCAUAUAUUACUUGAAAGUAUUAUCAUACUGUGUUCAGUUGGUUUUACUUCCAGGUAUGUGUAUGCAGAAUUGUAGCCUGAAUGUGAAGUGUGAAAAUACCUUAAUUAUGCAAGCGUAUCCAUGUUUACUUAGAAGUAAGUUCCACUAUGUUUAAUGAUGCUUACUCCUUCCCUUGUUAAGUGUGCUUUCUGUGUUUGACAUUUGCUUUAUGUUCGUUGAUCUGUUGUGAACCUUUUUACUUUACACACAUUAAACUGAAAUAAAGCAACGUUAUUUCCUUUCCAUUGCCUCCCUUUUAUCUAGCUAAGAAGAGUUUCAUUGGGCAAAACAAAUCGUUUUUUGGACCUCUAGAGAUGGUGGAGAAACUUUGUCCAGAAGCAUCAGAUUUAGCUACAAGUGUCAGAAAUCUGCCAGAGUUAAAGUGAGUUUUUAAAAAUUCAGGUUGAGGUUAAGGAAACAAAUUGUUAUAAGGAAUGAGGUUGCUAAUAGUAUUCAUGUACCUUCAUAAUAUUUUAUGGGUUGAUUUGUUAACAAGAUGAUGGGCUAAUUUCAAGUUAAAAGAUGGGGAAAGUUUCACUGAAAUUAUCCUUUAUUGACAGGGGUUUUCAGUGCUAAUGCUGUUGUUGUAUACAGUGACAGUUUAGCUACAUUUUCCUGUCAUCUAAUGCUUUUACCAAUACCGUUUUACAUUUAAGACUGUCAAAAUUAUUACAGGUUUCUUUUUUCUUUCUUUAUAAGAAUUGUUGUGCCAAUUCAGAGCAAUGGGUUUUCAACAGGUGUCAGAUGCCAGAGGGAAACAUUAAAGUGGGUACUGGGAAAAAGGAAUAUUGAUCUCAGUAGGACCUGCUUCAAUAUUAACUAUUUAGACCUGCCCAUAUGACUUUCCCAGUAGUCAAACUUUCCCAGUUUGCAGUUCUUAGUACAGAAAGUAUUGAUCUGAUAUGUAGAGAUCUUUCCUAUUCUAAUUAAUUCAAGAGGGUGCCGGAAGCCUCUCUGUGUGAAAGAAACAAGCAGAAGGUUUAUGAUGUUUUGGUUAUUCCUUCAGAGAAGCCGAGUACAGCUGGCUUAAAUUGGUUCUCUUAUCUCUUCUGGCAAGGUCAUGCUGACUAUAAAAAUAGGCCAGAAGGAGGCUGGGUUUCACUUUCUCUCUUUCUUUUCCUACUGGUGUGGUAUAUGCUUAGUAUUAAGGUUUAGACUUAUUAUAGGUUAUUGUAAGUUUAAGUUAAGUCUGCUGCAACUGGAUUUCUUAUGGACAGUGCCAAUCCUGAAUGCAUUGGAUUUGUGACCAUUAUGUUCAUUUGCCUUCAGUAGCAGUAAAGCUCUACUGGAUGAAGUAUUAAUUGCCUCUGGUCUAUUUUUUUGGAAUCCUGCAAAGUGUUUAAGAUUUUACUCUACUAACUUGGAAUCUGCUAUGGGUCAAUAAGGGUAGAAUUUCAUGACAAUAUUUCCUUUACUUAAAUGUUCUUUCCAAAUCUUCUGUAAUAAGGUAUUUCCAGUGCUUUUUUUUCUAAAAAAAAAUAUUUAGGGGUACUCUCAUUUUCCUAUUCAUAUUGAAAUACUGCCCUUCAAUGAGGCCAAACUUAGAUUCACAAAAUGUUUAGGGGUAUGCGUACCCCCAGAAAAAAAGCACUGGGUAUUACAGUACUUAUAUUAAUUGGUAAUUCACUAAUUAAUCAGUUAAAGGAAAGGCAAUGAAUAAAUGUGUAGGCCUAAAUGUUUUUUAUCUGGCUCAUAUAAUAAACAGUUAUCUGCUGCAGGAAAUAUGUCCUCAUGGUAAACUGCAGAAACAUUUAUCGGAUGCAUUUUUAUAUACCAAGUGGAUAGCAUGUUUGACACCUGGUGUCCUUGUGGAAUUGUAGGACCCCAAUUGGAAGAGGCAGAGCUUGGCUUUAUCUUGCUGUGAUGCAAAAGAAACUGGCAGACUACCUGAAAGUACUCCUGGACCACAAGAAUCUAUUGAGGUAUCUUUUGAACUUUUUAUUAUUAUUCUGGAAUAACACAUCUUGCCACACAGGGAAGCAUCUAAAGUAAAUGAGUUUGAUCCAGAGAAAAGCCUAUGGAAAGGGGGCUGGCAGUCCUCAGCCCACCCCAGUGUCUCCCAACCCUUGAGAGAAGAUUUUCAGAGGCUGCUGUUGCACAGGGUGUGGGGUGAGGGAGAAAGCCAGCUUGCAUUAUCUCCCUUCUGUUACUAUUACAGUGGUACCUCGGGUUAAGUACUUAAUUCGUUCCAGAGGUCUGUUCUUAACCUGAAACUGUUCUUAACCUGAAGCACCACUUUAGCUAAUGGGGCCUCCUGCUGCUGCUGCGCCGCCGGAGCACGAUUUCUGUUCUCAUCCUGAAGCAAAGUUCUUAACUCGAGGUACUAUUUCUGGGUUAGCGGAGUCUGUAACCUGAAGUGUCUGUAACCUGAAGCGUAUGUAACCCAAGGUACCACUGUAUUUUUUAAUCUGGAUUCAGCCUAGUGCUUGUAUUCUGACCAUAAAGUUGAUAGGAAGGACUGAGCUCAGUAUAAUCUUUACUGAAUUGUUCUUAAUUGGGUGGAUAAUACAGUACCCCCCACAAUAAUUAUUAAAUUAUCUGUUUUCUUUCCUAGUGAAUUUUAUGAGCCUGAUGCCUUGAUGAUGGAAGAGGAAGGAGCUGUGAUCAUUGGUCUGCUUGUGGGACUGAAUGUCAUUGAUGCAAAUCUCUGCUUAAAAGGAGAAGAUUUGGACACCCAGGUAACUUACCACCCUGUAGACCAGGAAUAACUUGUGUUUUGGUAGUUCAGGCCUAUAUUAUCCUAGUAGUCUAAAUCUGUCUUGAAGCCAGGGGGGUCAUAUAGUGGCAUUAAGUAAGCAGAAGCAAUUCUGCUCAUUCAAGGUUGGACACCUGAUUUCUACCACUUGUCCCUACUCACUGCCGUAUGGGAGAGCCUCCUACUGUGCUAAGGCCGCUGUGUGUCUUUGUGUGUGAAUUGAGUCCCUAUGAGUAGCAUUUCCAAAAGCACUUGCUGUACUAUGAGCCAUAGUGUUUCCUUCCUUUCCAUUUUGUGGGGUGACCAUACCCAGCACUGGUUGGUGCACUCCAUGGAGGGUUGGUCAAGGAUGAAUGCAUUCCCCAGGCUGAAAAAAGUUGGCCUCCUGUGCUUUGUUCACUUAAAACUCAUUUAUUAGAAUGUGAAGGAGAGGAUAAGAAAAAAAGUAAAGCAUAGCUAAUCCUGUUGAGGCACUUAAUUCAAUUGUAAAUAAAUCUUAUUUGUCUUUUCAGGUUGCAGUGAUUGAUUUUUCCCUGUACCUUAAAGAUACACAAAACAGUGACAAUAGCAAAGAGUAUGUAAGGUUGAAUUUAUGUUCCUAAUCUUUGUUUAAUAGAGUUUUUAAUUAAAGUAGAUGAAUCCAUAUUUAGGAAUUUCUUUAGUUCUUUCUGAGAAAGAGGGGAGUGGGAGAAAUGGAAUAUAGAAAGGCUAUUGACAAAAAAAAAAAAAAUAGGGCAGAGGAAAUAUAUAGAGGAUCAAACAUGCUAAUUCUGGCUUCAGUGGCCUUCCCUCCAGUUCCACUCAAAUGUGGGCAGGCAUCCUCUACCCAACCCCUAUUUCUACACACAGGUCCUACACACCUACCUUGUUGAACUAAUGGGGACUGAAGGAGCUAUGCUCUGCUAACUGGGGAACCUGGACGAGCUGCAUAGAAAACCUGUACAUUUUAUAUUUGUAUAACAUGUAUAAUUCAUAACAAUGCAUUAAAACUGCAUCCAUUGCAGUCCUGGGUGCUUUUCUGACUGAGCUUUUAAAACUGUGCUUUUUACCUGCUCUUAAAUGUGUGGAGAAUUAAUUUUUAAAAACCCAGUUUCUUUGUGUCUUUACACAUUGGUGUGCUAUCUUUUCAUACUGAUAAUGGUUUUUCUCAGCAUUUCUAUUUUGGGUGCAGCUGCAAUUUGACCUUGCUGGCCAGAAUGUGGGGCUGAUUUUAACCCCUUGGAGUCAUUUGUCCACUAUCAUUUUUUUAAAAAUCCAGCUGCACAUCUUGUUGACACCAAACUGGUCCUAAUAAAGGAAGAGCAUUUGCAUAUAUAAUGCAUAUGUAGUUUUUUGUAUGAUAACUUUCCUCUAAUAUAACAUGACAAGUCUUGUGGCAAACUGACUAUAGUCCACACAAAAAAUUAUUCCAUAAUGCAUUUAUUAGUCUUUAAGAUGCCACAAAGCUCCUGUUGAUUUUGCUGUAAGAGAACCUAUAUGGCUGCCAUUCUGGAAUGUCUCUAAUAUAAAUGUUGCACUUGAGAAAAUGAGUCGUUCUUUAAAAUACCAUCUUUAUUUCAAUAUCAGAGAUGGAGGCAUUACUGCUGUGCUUGAUCAGAAACAUUAUGUAGAAGAACUUAACCGCCAUCUAAGGUAGGCUUCCUUGGUGAAAACUUGAUUUCCCCCUGUCCUCUUCCCCUCCCCCAUGUUUAAAAUCACAGCUUUAGCUACGGCAGCAGUUUAAGGAAUACUAUACUAUUGAAAAAAGGGUUUCAUGCUUAUUCCUUCAGAGGGAUCUGCCCCUUUUCUUCGUACAGUGGUACCUUGGUUUACAACCAUAAUUCGUUCCGGAUGUCCAGUUGUAAACCAAAACAGGUUGUAACCCAAGGCACGCUUUCGCCAAUGGGGCCUCCAAAAAAAAUUGGUUGUAAUCCAAAAAAAAAUAAAGAUGGGUUGUAAUCCAAAAAAUGGGACAUGGACUUCCGGGUUUGACAUGGUUGUAGUCCAAGACGGUUGCAAACCAAGGUACCACUGUACUAUCUUGCUCUUCUGGCACCUACUUCUGCUAGCCUUGUAACUCCCCUACUUUAAACCCCCAUAUUUGCAAUCCAAUAAUAUUUUUCAUUAAUUUUCUUAAACUGUGAGCGCUAAGUGUUGCGGGGGGGCGGGGCAACAGAAUAAAUCUUGGUUGCUUAGACUUCCCUUCAACACUUGGCAUUUUUUUGAGUGGCAAGUAUUAAGCGGGUCUUGAUAAUCUUUUUGUCUCAGUUGCACUGUUGGAGAUCUGCAGACCAAGAUAGAGUGCCUAGAGAAGACCAAUUCAAAGCUCCAAGAAGAGGUUUGUGGUGCUCAAGUUUAUUUCAGUCGCUACUGGUGCCUGCUCCUUUUUGAAAAUUUUGAAGUGACUUCCUUCUUGAAACUGCGAAUCUUAUCAAAUGGGUUUCCUGAGCAGAGCAAAACUGAUAUGAAUUGGGAAGCUGGAAAGGUCAUGGUGAGGAGAGCCAGAUAGUUCAUUUCCUCUCGUAUACAACCUAAAGGUACAUGGAACAUAGGAAGCUGCUUCUAUACCAAGUUAGACCAUUGCUCCAUCUAGCUUAGUGUUGCUGACGCUGACUAGUAGCAAGUCAUCAGCGUUUCAGAGGGGAGCCUUUCUCAUCUCUACCUGGAGAAGCAACUGCUCUGCCAUUGAGCUACAACGCUUACACAGUGUCUGAACUAAGAAAGACUUAACCAUUUUAAGACUGAGAAGUUUUCCCUCUCAUGCAUCCUUUCUGAAAGGAAUGUUCAUCAACUGAAAAACUUGCCAGUUUCUGUCUUGGAAUAAUAAAAGUUAUGUGUAUCCACCUUAGUGACUGAAUUAUGAAAUAUGAGCUUGCCUGGUCUUAAUUUCAGGCUGCAGUUGAAUGGGAUGUUUUUAAAUAUUCAUCCAGAUGAUGCAUGGUGGUUUGUCUUCUCUCUUCUCACACCCACCUCUGUUUGUCAGCUGGCAGCAGCAACUGAUCGGAUCAGGGCACUUCAGGAAGAGCAGCAGGAGCUGAAGCAAGAAAAUGAACUAAUCCGUGAACGAAGCGAAAAGCAUGUCGAGGUCAGAUACAGUAUGUAGCUGAUGUGUGUGGAGGUCCACCUAGGAGGUUGUUUUCCAUUUAAACAUUAGCAUACCUCUGUAGGUCACUUUGUGCAGAAGAGUCUCCUUUAAGUCCCUAAAAUAUCAGGAGCCUGCAGAAGGACUUUCAGUGUGGCUGCCUCUUUUUCGGGGAACAUCUUAGUUGAAAUACAACAGGCACUCUGUAUUUGUAGCUUUUAGAAACAAUUGAAAACAUUUUUGUUGCAACAAGCUUUUCCAGGUAGAUUAUUUUAUAUAUUCAGGACAAUUCAUAAAUUAAUAAAACAACAAUAAUACGAGACACAUAUCUUCCUGUAGUUAAUACCGCCUGUAGAUAUAAAAUCAUUUCUAAAUAAAUAUAAUUUCUCUUGUGAGAAACUUACCUACUCUAAUCUACCAACAGGUUGAUUUCUCAAAUAACCUUUUAUUCUAGGUAACAAAACAGGACACCAAAGUUGAACUGGAAACAUACAAGCAGUCAAGGCAAGGCCUGGAUGAAAUGUACAGUGAUGUCUGGAAGCAACUGAAAGAGGAGAAAAGAAUCCGAACGGUGAAACACCAUAAUUCAUUAAUGGAGCGAAUCACUGUUUGUUCGGUUUCUGUAUGCACCAUCAUAGCAAGCUUGCUUGGAUGCUGUGCCAGGGGUCCCCUGAUCCCUCUUUGCGACUAUGGGGGUGGGGACUACUGGGGGUGUGCAGAAUAGUGUCAGCAUGCUUUCAGAAGCAACCUUCAGCUUUUGAUUCCAGCCAUUGUCACACAAUCUAUAAAAACACAAGUUCACAAGUUCACACAGGUCAGGUUUUACACAGCUCAACAGAAAAUAUUUGUUAUUUAUGCAGAUUUGAAUUUUAUUUUUAAAGGAGCUGGAAAAAGAGCUGGAGCUGCAGAUUGGAAUGAAAACAGAAAUGGAAAUUGCUAUGAAGCUCCUGGAGAAAGAUACUCAUGAAAAACAAGACACUUUAGUGGCCCUUCGCCAGCAGCUGGAGGAAGUUAAAGCUAUCAAUUUGCAGAUGUUUAAUAAAUCUCAGGUAAAUUUGUUAAGUAAAUGGAGAAGCAACCUAUUCACUAGGCAUGAGCAUAACACUUUAAAUGUGUACAGUGCAUUCUGAUCAUUAGCUUCGUCCUUGCAACAGCCCUGUGUUGUAGCACAGGGGUGGCCUAUGUGCAGCCCUCCAUAUAUGUUUGGACUUUAACUCCCAUCAUUCCCGACUGCUGGCCAUGCUGACGUGAUGGAGUUAUGGUCCCCAACACAGGAGGUCACCACACUGGCUACCCUUGAUGUAGGAUCACUAUUGGGCUCAGGUUUAUAAAUGGGGAACUGAAAAGGAGAGUGGCCUGCCCAAGCCCACACAUUAUUCCUUCCCCUUAUACGUUGGCUUCAGUGGAGAGAUCCUGGUUUGUUUAAACCAGAGUUCCCCAGUGCACCCAAAUGAACCAAAGUGAGCAUGGCAGGAAGCGUGCAUACAGACCUGAUGCUCAUUCCUAGCUUCAUAAACCAUGGCCCUCUGUCUCAACUGCAUAUGCCUUCUGGUUCAGUUAUAUAGAAGUUUCUUACAUUAAUUUUUAUUGUGGGGAUUUGUCACCCUGUUAGGUACAAUGUCAGGAUUCUGAGUAGACACAACCAACCUUGCAUGAAUAUGCAUUUUGGGUGGAAUUUAACAUUGCACUCUUCCAAUAAGCAUUUCAUCUUAGUAAUUUGAACAAUCCCCCCCUUUUCUCCCCCUGCACUCUGUUUGGAGUGGGGAUUCUCAUGACACGCCUUGACUCAAUUAGGGCAUGUGUUUAGAGGGAUCCCCAUUGCCCAAGCAGAAGUCCUUGCGCAGGGCUUCCACUGACAGGGCUGAUAAGAUGAAUCCUGCCCUUUUCAUGUACUCAAUGAUGUAUAGUGAGCACAACAUUCAUUCACAUUCUUAGUGGCUGGAAGAAAAAGAAAACUUCCUGCUUACGAGUAAGGGCCUCUUAACAUGAUACAGUUGAAAGGCAGGAGAUUGCUUAGCUAAACAUUCUUUAGCCAUGACAGCCGGGGAAACAUGGCUCUUGAUUUCUCUCUAAUCAGCUUAGUUUUUCAGUCACUUGUUUUGUCCAGGAGGUCUGAAGAUUGCAAUGUCUGUGUACAUCUCUGCUUAUUGUUUGGAUGAUAGAUAGUAUUAAGGGUCAGUGAGAGAAUCCCAUUAAUCUUUUUUUUCCCCUCUGAGAUGCCUUAAAAGUAUGUGAGAGACUCACGUGGUUUGUAUAUAGACAUAGGAUGGGGCUUGCACAAUAGUGAUUUCCUUGUACUAAUUUGCCUUUAGCUUUUGGGAGGCUGUGGAGUAUUAAACUUAUUUUCAAAUGUCUCAUUCAUCUUUUCUCGAUCCCAAGGUUAAGCCAGUUCCUUGAUUCUUGCCUCCAGGUUGCCUGUUCUAGCAUUACAGUAGUGAGGCAACUUUAUUCUCUGCCUUUUGAAGUGGGGAAAAACCUAUUUCAGUAUGAAGAGGGAGACAUGAUGAAGUCUCUGACCUGUUUCAUUACUAAGCUAAUCAUAUAUGGACCUGGAAUGCUUUGGGUUUUGUAGUCACAGAACAAUUUUGCAGUGAGCCGUUUGAUUCUUUCCCUCCAGAAUGCAGAAGGUUCGUUGCAGCAUAAAAGUGAAGCAAUAUCAUCCUUUGAAGGCAAAACGGAUCAAAUGAUGUCUUCUGUCAAGCAGAUGGAGGGCAGGUAAUCCCUUCCAUAGGCCUGAUUAGCUGUGACCUGCCUAAUUCCCCAAUUUUUAAUGUUUCCAAAGUCCAUAUUAGUUUCCUUUCAUGGGCACAACAUAUUUCUAGGAAAGGCAUGGAUGACCCACUGACCUAUUUCCUGUAAUCUCCUUUACCUGUCUGUGAUCAGGAGUGGCAUGGCCAGACUCCCAAGGGCCAUGUAGAAAGCCCUGGAGGGCUUAAUUUGGCCCCUGAACCUGAGGUUCCUCACCCCUGUGUUAGAUGCUGAAGAAGGAUAAGGCAGACAUGUGAGAAAGUUCAAUGUGGUGGGAAAAUCAGGGGAGGGAAAGGAAGAGAGCCAUGCAGGGGAGGCCUGGGGUGCCCUUGGGCGGAGUGGAAAACUGAUGAAUUUGCAAGAGGGAAAGGCAAGUUGUACUUUUAAGAGAAUUGUUCAUUUAUAUGCUGCGUUUCUGCCAGUGUACCCUAAGGUGAUUUAUGCUUUUAACAUACUAAAACAACAGUUUAAAAGCAUAGAACAGGAUUCUCUCAGGCCACUCAAUGGUCCCUUCAGGAGCUGAUGGCAUGAGCUGCCUGGCUGCCUUUUCUACUGCCCUCCAUCAGGGCACAUGGGGCUUAAAUAGCUGUUAGGACCGUUCACUGAAGCACCGUUCACUGGUGGUCUCCUUAGGAGCUGAAGACAUAAGCUUAUUGGCCCAACUUCCCCAAGCUCAGGCUAGGACUGGUGAACAUCUGUCUCCUUGCUAGACAGGGUAACUUAGACAGACCCUUGUGGGCCAGAGUGCUGAAGGCUGACCUACCUACCCUGCAGUAGCUACUGACAUGGUAUGAAAUGUUUGUGCAUAAUAUAACAUGUUAAUGAAUGAUAAAGGUGUGUUCAAAGGUGGUAGCUUUGGCAAGAGGGAAAGCCUGCUAUAGCUCUAUGUAACUUGUGUGUGUUUGUCUUUUUUCUUCUUUUUUAGAUUGCAGCAUGCAGAAAAGGCCAGGCAGGUUGCAGAAGAAAAAAAUGUCAAACUGAAACAAGAACUGGGCGGCAAAAUUGUGACCUUGAAACAGCAGCUAAUCCAGCUGGAUAACAAGUGGUAACCUUGUGUUCUAUAUUGUUUAUCCUUGGUUUUCCUGGAAACAGGGCGUUUAAUUCACAGCUUAAAUGCCUCACAAAAUCAGCUAGCCACAAAGCUAACAAGAUGCAUCAGCGUAGCAAAUUAGUUGACACUAAACUUUCUAAUAUGAUAUGAGAGCUGUGAUCAUUUAGAACUGUCAUUUUUUAUGCAUUCUUCCAUAUAUUCCUUCAGAUUGAUUGUGCUUGUAGUUUCUAAAGGCAGGGCCUGGUUUAACUUGUUGCCACUCUUAUUGGCUGGGACUAAAGAAAUGAAGAACUGCAUAGCUAUUUUCAUGCAUGUCCCAAAGGAGCCUAUGAAUUUGGAUUUCUUAGCAGCGCUCAGCUCAAGAAACAUGGCAAAUGACUCGUGAAACAGACGUUCCAAAAUGAGGGUGUGCUGUUAAAAGAAAACAUCACCCACAAACUCACAUGCCUAAAAUAGCUCUCUGGAUCCCAGCCCAGUUGGAUCCAGCGAAGAGCCAGUGGAAAGGGGUGGGCAGAAGGAGGCUUUCCCAUCUCCUUAUCCCCCUGGCAGCCCCAGAUAAGCUUCUGCAGGUUGGAUUCCCCCUGCUAUAUGUGGUGGGGGAGGGGGUUGAGGCAUAAGGUAGCAAUUCAUUAAAAGUGGACAUAGAACCCUUGCGUGAGUUGGAAUUUUGCUUGUGGAAAGUGCCUCUGCUCAAUUUUGCAGGGAUCACCCCCUCCCAUGCCACAGCCCCCCCCCCCCCCAUUUUCAGCGGGCCCCAAUCUUCAUUGACAUCUCUGGGGCUGCUAGGGAGAGGCAAAAGCAGGAAAGUCAGUGUCCACCCCUUUCCACAAGCUUUUCUCUACAUCCUCUUCUUUGGCGAUCACUCAUCAUCGAGUAAGAUUGUCUUCCAUGAACACGUUCCUAAUGGUGUCCGUAGGUGACAGUGAAGGCUAGUUCUGGAUCCGCACAUCCUUCCACAGUGGGGACAUAGAUUUCUGGGCAGGAGUUUAUCAUGGUGAGGGUUUGCCAAACCUGCCUUCCUUUUAGCUCAUUUCUCCCUUUCGUCCCGAGUUUGAGUGUCUUCGAAGUCCAUGACACCUUUGGCAAAGGUUGUUCUCCAAUUGGAGUGCUUGCAGGCCAGUGUUUCCCAGUUGUCGGUGUUUAUACUACAUUUUUUUAGAUUUGCCUUGAGAGAGUCUUUAAACUUCUUUUGUUGACCACCAGCAUUACACUGUCCAUUUUUAAGUUCAGAAUAGAGUAGUUGCUUUCAAGGCGAUAAUCAGGCAUCCACACAUGACCAGUCCGACGAAGUUGAUGUUGAAGAAUCAUUGCUUUGACACUGGUGAACUUUGCUUCUUCCAGUACACCUGUCUUCCCAAGUGAUAUCCACUAUCUAUACAGAAAUUCAAAACUCCUCCCUUGUGGCUUCAGGAGCAUGCUACCUCACCCCACCCCCAUAAUUAUUUCAAGAAUUUCUAGCGAAGUAAAUACUGCUGUUAAACAAGAUUUGUUUCUAACUUGGCAUUUGUUUAUUUGGUCUCUGAAUUUAAAACAGUUUAACUCUUGAGAGAGAAUUAAAAUCCGAGAAAGAGCAGCGGCAGAUUCUGCAACAUCAGCUGCAUCAAGAGAAGGACACUACAGCUUUGCUAAAAACAGAACUGCAGCAAGUGGAAGGGUUAAAAAAAGUAAGUGAGCUGGAAACCCAAAUCGUAGCCAGACCAAAUGCUGUAGUCCAGAACCUCUGUAGGGCAUCAACUUGAAGAAUGCAGGACAGGAAAUGUGGGGAAGUAAUUCCAGUGCCUUUCUACUAGUAUGUUACGUGGCAGAUUCUCUCCUUUAAGGGUACAGGGGUUGUUGUAAGCUACUGGUUCAAGAACACUUAACCACCAGGGAAGAACUGUUCUUUCUCUGAUCAGCAAGUGAUCAAGUGAGCAUCCUCCUUAGGCUGAGUAAAGCCAGUCUUUUGGCAACAUUGCGAUGGCUAACACUAGGAGCCUUUCCACAUGCAGGUUUUUUCAACCUACUGGAAUGUUCUUAAUGGUUAAGGUGAAGUCAACUGUUCAUUGGCUUAAUAGCAAGGUAAUACAUUUUUACAAACGGCAGGUAGUCAGUUUUUGUCUCCUUCACCCAAAAGUGAUAAGGUUGAGAUCUUAUCAGUCAAGUUCAGUCUAUUAUAGUGUUGUUUUUUAAUUUUUUUUUAAUGUUUUUCUUCUUAUAAUUCUGAAAACUACUAAUAAAUAUUAUUAUUUUUUAAAAAACAAAAUAGCAGAGGAGGAAGAGGAAUUCCCUGAUGAAAAUUAUAUAGCCUUUUUGUGUUUUGUUUUAUAGGAGUUGCGAAAACUGCAAGAAGAGAAGCAGCAAUUGGAAAAGGUCUGUGAAGAACAGGAGCAAGCCCUUCAAGAAAUGGGACUUCACCUUAGCCAGUAAGCAUGUUCUGAUAUUGGGCCCCUUUCUAUUCAUCUCUCAUUCCCAGAGAAGUUGCAUUAUUGAGUUAACUUGUGUAAGAUAAGAAUAAUAGAAUUGUAGAGUUGGUAGGGACGCCAAGGGUCAUCUAGUCCAACCCCCUGCAAUGCAGGAAUCUCAACUAAAGCAUGUUUUAUAUGGCAAUUGUUUGUCAUGGCUACACCAGUGUUUCCUGCAGCAAAUUGCAGAGGCGCAGCUGUAAACAGGAGGAUGCACACCAUGUGACUCCAAUUUCAAACAUAAUUUACAGACCUGCUGGAUCAAAAGUCCAUCUGGUCCAGCUUCCUGUUCUCAGUGGCCAACCAGAUGCCUAUGGGAAGCCCACAAGCAGGAUCUGAGUGUGAACGCUCUCUCCCUGCUUGUAGUUCCUGGCAACUGGCAUUCAGAGGCAUACGAUCCCUAGGGUUGGAGGUAGAACAUAGCCAUCAUGGUCAGCAGCUUUUGAUAGCUUUAGCCAUGAAUUUGUCUUUCAGUCAUCAAAGUUGCUCCUUUGUGGGAGCAAAUUCCAUGAUUUUAGCUCUGAAUAAGCAGCACCUCAUUUUGUCUUCCUAAAUCUUACAGUAUUGUUUCAUUGGAUGGCCCCAGGUUCCUAUUAUUACGAGAGGGGGAGAAAACCUUGCUAUUGCACAGGGCGAAAGAGUAGAGGAUGCUGUUAAUUAAAAGUUAGUAAGGUGCUGCAUAGGGAGCAAGUGAUUCAGAAACAUGCUACUGGGAUGGAAAUAUGGGUGGUUCAAGGCAACUUUUUGGUUCCUUCAAUUUGGAAUGUUUCCUUCUAGAACCAUUUCUCCAGUCUGAGAGCUUGCAUCUCAGUAAGAGGAUGAGCUACAAAUUGAAAGUCACUGGUUUGAAACACUCCUCUGCCAUGAGCUCACCAAGUUGCCUUUGACUAACCACUAUUUCACCCUUCGCUAGCCCCACUCCAUCUGCAGUGUGGAGAUGAUGAUGAUAAUAAUAAUAAUGGACCUUGCGGGGGUUAUUGUGAGGAUCACCAUACAGUGUAUGUGGUGUCCUCUGAAUACUGUAAAGCACAAUACAAAUGUAAAAUGUUGCUAUUAAUUUUAUUAUUUUUUCUAGAUCCAAGCUUAAGAUGGAAGAUAUUAAGGAAGUGAAUAAAGCAUUAAAGGUAUUGCAGCUUUAACAGCAUUCUGGCAUUCAUUAGCAAGCUGGUUGGUGAUUGCUGCUGCUGCUGCUUGCUUCAUUAUUUGCAACUCUGCCCCUGCUAGCAUGGGAUACUUUGCUUCAGUUACCAGGAGUGUGGCAUUUUCAAACUUGUAGUGGCAGCUUUUAAAUACCUUAAUUUUUUAUUUUUAUUUUCUAAACAUGGCAUGCUCUAGUCUGAAUGGAAACUACCAGUUACAUAACAUAUAGUCCUUUGGAUGCUUAUUCAGAAACAAGUACCAUUAUGUUUGAUUGGCACUUACACCCAGUUAAGUGUGGAUAGGGUACCAGCUUAAAUCUUUUUUCCCCCCCUUUUGGGAGGCAGGGAGGGGGGAAUGCUAGAUAUAAUUGAUGCUAUGGCUAGGCCAACGUUACCUAGACAACCAUUCAGCCUCUUUGAAGCCUACAGUUCACUGAUGCCUUACAUGAGAAGCUGUAUACUGAAAUAAUUCAUUUUGUUUUAGGGUCAUACAUGGCUAAAAGAUGACGAAGCAACCCACUGUAAACAAUGUGAGAAGGAAUUUUCCAUUUCAAGAAGAAAGGUAAUAUAAAGGGCUAACAAGCCUCCUGGUAAAAUUCUGAAUUAUUCCAUGUGUCUGGGAGACUUGCCUGGGAAAGAACAAUUUCUAAAGCACGACCUCCCUUUAUAGAACAGCAACAAGGAGCAUGAGCGAUGAAAGUGCAAAAAAAGUAAAUUUGAGCCUUGAAGCACAUCUACUAAUGGUUGUUUUUUACACCCUGUGGAAUUUAGAUUUGUAACAUCCCAGUUCAGUCCUGAAACAUGCAUCAGCAAACAAGUACUUGAUACUAUUAUGUUUUGGUAUCAAAGACCUGAUACUAAGUGAGCUUCUGGGGAAAGUAUAUCAAAAUUGGAGUGCCACCGCUGAGGAAUUCUUUCCAUUGUUGAAUUAUCUUAAUGUACAGAUCUGUACAAAAGGAACAGCUCCUCCUCAAAACAAUCCAGUAGUAAAAUCAGCAGCAACUUGACCACUUUUAAAAACCUCCUCCUAACAGAAAAGGGACAUGGCAAGGGGGUGGUAUCCACAAUAUACAAAAUACUGCUCCAAAAUCCCACAACACUAAGGUCUCAGAACAAAUGAAACUGUUCUGUAGAAAAUGUGAAAAAAGAGGCAAUGUGGUACUUUUGUAAACUGAGAAAUAUUUUUUAAGGAGCAGCUCCUUCGGUGGUAUGUUAAAUUUGCAAAUUUAGAAUUUUACAAAGCCAGGAAACCAUACUUUUACCCUAGAUAACAAAUACGAAAUUAUCUGAAAUGCAUUCUGUUGAUUGAGACCAUAGGCUUUGUUGUUUACAACUCUCCUUUGAUUUCAGCCCGAACUCAUUUAUUGUAGCACUUCAAGAGGGCUGACUUUAUUUCCAUUUAUCUUACUGAGACUUGCAGUUUCCUUUGAUUUGGAGCCUUUAGUUAAGAAUUGCUUUUGCUUAUAGUCCUAAUACUGUGUUUUCACUACCUUUGCAGCACCACUGUCGAAACUGCGGUGACAUCUUUUGCAACACUUGUUCCAGCAAUGAACUUGCACUUCCAUCCUAUCCAAAGCCUGUACGAGUUUGUGAUACUUGCCACACUUUACUGCUUCAGAGAUGUUCAUCUUCUUCCUAA